ACGCUGCCUUUAAGGCAAAGGGAACAAGAUUGACUGUCGGUCCGAGGAUGAAGUCAGACAUUUUGGAAAAGUUGUCUGAUCAAAUCUAUAAGUAUAAAGCUUACCCAAACAAUGCAGACGUUUGUGAGGUUUCAGAGGCACUGAUCAAGAAGCAUCCCUGUUUGGCAGAGCCAGGAUCCUGGAAUGGCUGCUAUGGGUGGACACAGAGACUUAAAACCAAGAUGGGAAACCUUCGUACCCACCUGAAGGGACUUGGAUGCCCUGAGCUAGCAGUCAAUUCCCUAAAGACCAAAGCUACAGCUGACGCCUAUCCAGCAAAAAAUGUGAAGCGACCUAAACGUGGUGAGGCCAACCAUGUGCCGUCCUACCCAGUUGGCGAGACUGCAGAUAAUCUUGAAAUGGAGCGACAGGUACUUCUGAAGGAGGUGAAGAAACGGAACAAUGAGAAGAUCGUACGUGAGAAAAUGGCCAAGACAUUUGCGCUCCGUCGCCAAGAAAUUGUGGAAAAACAGCCCAGGGUGGAAGAACUCCAGGAGCGGUGGCCAGCGAUGUUUCAAGAAGAUGAGAUCAAUGCGGAAUUUCUAAGGAUCACAACAGUACCACUACAAGCACGGUUCUUUGCUGGUUUGGAUGGGGAAAAGGUGGCGCCAUCGGGGAGAAAAUCAGAGACGUCCUUAAGCCUUUGGAUCAGGUAUGAAUUACAGAUGUAUUGCAUUGGAGCUCCUCUUUUAUCAGUUCAGUUCUCUAGUGAGUUGAAAGCUGAUCUGUAUUUUAUCUUUUGAUAUGGCUUUGUUGCUACAGGGUGUCGACUUGAACAGAAGAAGAGAGUGCAUCCUGAAGUCACUUGUGAUCUACCUGGGUGAAGAAGUUGGGCAUCUGAUCAAAGAGUACCAGGUAAGUGACUGCUCUGAGAUCAGGGUGUAUUCUGGCAGAGUGGGCGUUGUAGACGGGAGGAGAACCAGUCUCAUUCUCUGACAUAAAAUUGGACAAAAGCUCUCCAGUUUGUGACGUCACAAGAGGCUGCGUCCUAGAGGGGCGA